GCCUCCAGCCUUGUACAUGGGUGCGCUCGGGGAGCUGACAUGGCUGUCCUGGGAGUGCAGCUGGUGGUGACCCUGUUCACAGCUACCCUCAUGCACAGGCUGGCCCCACACUUCUCCUUUGCCCGCUGGCUGCUCUGCAAUGGCAGUCUGUUCCGAUACAUACGCCCGUCUGAGGAUGAACUAAGGGUGCUAGCAGGGAAACCAAGGCCCAGAGGCAGGAAGGAACGGUGGGCAAAUGGCCUUCAUGAUGAGAAGCCAUUGUCAUUGCCUCGAGAUGCCCCUUUGCAGAUGGCGACUUGUCCCCUCACUGCUGUGGAUGCCCUAGGCCUGCGCUUCUUUCUGGAAUACCAGUGGUUCGUGGAUUUCGCUGUGUACUCUGUUGGUGUGUACCUCUUCUCUGAGGCCUACUAUUUGGUGCUGGGCCAGGUCCAGGAGGCCAACAUCGCUGUGUUCUGGUGCCUGCUCACAUUGGCCUUCUCUCUCAAGGUGUUCCUCAUGGUGACCCGACUGUACUUCAGUGCCAAGGAGGGUGGCGAACGCUCAGUGUGUCUCACUUUUGCCUUCCUCGUCCUCCUCCUGGCCAUGAUGGUGCAGGUGGUGCGGGAGGAGACCCUGGAGCUGGGUCUGGAGCCAGGUCUGGCCAGCGUGAUCCAGAACCUGGAGCCUGUUCUGAAGAAGCAGGGGUGGGACUGGGCGCUCCCUGUGACCGAGCUGGCCAUCCGCCUUGGGCUGGUGGUGCUAGGCUCCUUGUUGGGCGCCUUCCUCAUUUUCCCGGGCCUGAGGCUGGCUCAGACCCACCAGGAUGCGCUGACCUUAAAUGCAGACCGGCCCCUGCUACAGCUGCUCCUGCACACCAGCUUCCUGUCGCCCCUGUGCACCCUGUGGCUCUGGACAAAGCCUGUCGCCCGUGACUUACUAUGCCAGGCACCCAGGAAGAACAUGACCUCUUCUUUGCCAUCAGAAGGGGCCUUCGACUCCCUGCGCCUUUGGGUGCUGGUGGUGCUAUGCCUGCUGCGGCUAGUUGUGACCCGGCCACACCUGCAGGCCUACCUGUGCCUGGCUAAGGCUCAAGUGGAGAAGCUUCGCAAGGAGGCCGGCCGCAUUGAGGCCAGAGAGAUUCAGCAGCGGGUGGUCCGGGUCUACUGCUACGUGACCGUGGUGAGCCUGCAGUACCUGACGCCACUCAUCCUCACUCUGCACUGCACACUUCUGCUCAAGACCUUGGGUGGCUACUCUUGGGUCCUGGGCCCUGCUCCAACCCCACUGGCUCCACCCAAGUCCUCAGACACUUUGAUCUCUGUGAACCCUGUAGAGGAUGAAGCUCAGCAGACUGUGGCCCAGGUAGCAGGGGUCCUGGGUGGCCUCCUCACACCCCUCUUCCUCCGUGGCGUGCUUGCCUACCUCAUCUGGUGGACUGCUGCCUGCCAGCUGCUCUCCAGCCUCUUUGGUCUCUAUUUCCACCAGCACCUGGCAGCUGGCAUUUGAUCCCUGUCCACCAGGACUGGGACUGUCCCUGUGUGCCUCUGUCCCUAGAUGACCUAGGGAUAAGGGUGGGGACUCCCAUUAUCUCUCACCUCAGUGCCUAGAUAUGGACCUGUUGAGUCAGGCUCCCCUGGGCCUGGAGGCCAUGGUCCUCAAAUGUGUGCAUGUGUGAACAGGGUUUCAGUGGGAGGCUGCUCUCAAAAAAGGGGGUGGGCCACUUUUACAGAAUAUACCCAAAGGCUGGGGAGAUGAGCAGGGAAGACCUGUGCAGUAAGAGGGGCUUUAGGAGAAAGUGGUACUAGGCAAGAAUAGAAAGAUGGAGUUAGUUGUAGAUGGCUAGGAGAAAGCAAGGGGUGGGGCUCAGGCCCAGCACCCACAUAUCCCUGGGGUCUGUCACUAUCCACCAGGAGGGAAAGAGACAAGAGUCACCAUGUCCAUUUUCCCAGGACACUGGGGAGACUGAGGCAGGAGGAUUAGCUUAAACUAGUAACAACACCAUGUCUCUAAAACAAACAAACAAAUAAAUAAAAGGUAGGGAGAGGAAUGUCAACUGGAAAGAGAGUGAGAGGAGGGGAGAUUGUUGCCACCCUGGAAGCUGUGAUGAUUGCUGUGAUGCAUUUCAAGGCCUUGAUGACUGAGGGUUACCACCAACUCCAGAGUUGUCCUAUUGCUAUGUUUGUGCAUGUGUGUGUUUGUGAGACAUGCAAGGUUGUCAUUGACCCUCUUACAUAUGCAAAAUGUAUAUUGAGAAUAA